CAGCCUGCCCCCUCCCUCCGGCUCUGCCCGCGCCGCUGUGUGGCGACCUUCCCGCGGGCGGCCGCGCUGGCCGUGACGGUUUGGAAAACUGCUCCUCGGUCCACAGGUGGCUAAAGCAUUGGCCAAAGGAGUUACUCGGCAUCAAUUAAAAUGUCUUCCACCAAGCCUCCAAAUAAAAAUGAAACACCCAAAGACAGAAAACCAGGACUGAAGAGUGUUCAAACAACUAUGCUCUUCCGAGCUGUGAACCCAGAGCUUUUCAUUAAACCUAACAAACCUGUGAUGGCAUUUGGACUCAUAGCAAUUAGCCUCUGUGUGGCCUACCUUGGUUAUUUGCAUGCAACAGCAGAGAAUAAAAAGGACCUCUACGAAGCAAUCGACAGUGAGGGGUCCAGGUACAUGAGGAGGAAAACUUCCAAGUGGGACUGAGAACAUAAGAUCAGCAAAUCAGUGACAGAAUUUUCCAGGGCAACUACUGUUUUUUUUCACAGUCCAUUGAAGUAAUUGGUAAAUUUCUCUCUCUUGCUAUUUAAUGCAAUAUAAGUUUCUUUACAGAGUGCUCUUCCUGUAUGAAUAAAUUGCAAUUAAGAUACCUGCAAACAUAAAAGUGAUUUUAAGAACUGUCUGUGGUCUCCACAGUGUGCCAGAAGACAUAAAAUUACCUGAGAUGUGCAGUCGAGGCUGUGCCUUAGGAAUUUGCAUUGCUUCUCUCUUGGCUUUGAUGAAGUGAAAUAAGGGGGUUAUGUUUUGUCUCAUCAACAAAAGGCAUAACAUAUUGUGUGUGUGAAAAUAAAAAGGUGAUCUCUUAA